GCAGGUUCCGCGUGUUGAUACUGAAGAGAGAGGAUCGAGCAGAUACAAGUUUGUCGCAUCGCAGAGACACAAACUCAGGCUAAAACCAGAGGAAAAUGGACAUGAAGAAGCGGGUUUCCUUAGAGCUGAGGCACCGGUCGCCGACAGAAGUCACGGAGCUGGUUCUGGACAACUGUCGCUCCGGCGAGGGAAAGAUCGAAGGGAUCACGGAAGAGUUCUCGAACCUGGAGCUGCUCAGCCUCAUCAACGUCGGCCUGACCAGCGUAGCGGACGUCCCCAAACUGGACAAACUCAAAAAGUUGGAGUUGAGUGACAACAGGAUAUCAGGCGGUCUGGAGGUCCUGGCGGAGCGGCUGGUCAGCCUAACGCACCUCAACCUCAGUGGGAAUAAGUUCAAAGACAUCAGCACCCUGGAGCCCCUGAAAAAGUUGCCCCAGCUGAAGAGUCUGGACCUGUUUAACUGCGAGGUGACCAACCUGGCGGACUACAGGGAGUCCAUCUUUAAGCUCCUCCCCCAGCUCAUCUACCUGGACGGCUACGACAUCGACGACUGCGAGGCGUCCGACUCGGACGGCGAGGGAGACGGAGUCGAGGACGAAGAAGAGGGUGAGUCGGAGGACUUUGAGGAAGAGGAGGAAGAGGACGAGGAGGACGUCGUGGCGGAGGAAGACGACGAGGACGACAGCGCUGACGACGAGGACGGAGAGGUGAACGGAGACGUGGACAGCGAGGACGAUGACGAAGAUGAGGACGACGAAGAUGAUGAUGACGAGGACUCGUCUCCGGUCAAAGGAGAGAAGAGGAAGAGGGAUCCCGAAGACGAGGAUGAAGACGAAGAAGACGAUUAAAGACGCACAAAGAAAAACCGCAAACCCCUCUGACCUCUCGCCCGGUGACCCCUCCCUUUUCCCCCUUCCUCUCCUCCUCCUCUUCCUCCUCCUCCUCUUCCUCCGCCACUCCGUUGACUCUCCGGCCGCGUUCCAUAUCUGAAACUGGCCGCUGCACCUCCGUCAUUUCCUGCUGACCCAAAACACUGAUAUUCUCCUCUUUCUUUUGUUCUUCUUCAGCUUUUUUUUUUUCUUUCAAAAGUUUGUCACGAUCCGUGAAGUUCAAGCUUUUUAAAAAAAAUCCAAAAAUUAUUCCUCAACAGCAGCGACGAGCAAAACGUCCAAUAACCUCGAAUACGUUUCUUACAAUCGCCUACUUCCUGUUGAUAUAAUAAUAAUAAUAAUAAUUAUUAUUAUUAUUAUUAUUAUUACUUUCUCGCAUCCGUGUGUUUGUGGCGGCACAUUCUAACGCCUAUCCACCUCCAGACUCCCCAAAAAACGUGUUUAAUCUGCAGAUCCUUGUCUGGAUUCACUGUUUUUUUGCCUAUAAAUUGUCCGAAUUUUGUGGAAAAUGUAUGAUUUCUCAGAGCAGAGAAGUGACCAAUGUUGUUUGUGUUUAGUCCAACCAAACGACCUAAAAACUCGGAUACUCGGUUAACGUUUUUUUUAGAAGCCGAAACCGGCGAAUAUUACUUCGUUGUCGCAUUUAUUGCCCGUAAUCAUUCUGCCCGAUCGACCUCUCGAUAACGCAGCCGAUCGUUUCCGAGACGCUGCUCUAUAAUCCCAACGUUCAGAGAGAGGUUGAGCAUCCAUGAAGUGACUCUGUAACACGAACAGGACUGUUUUUUUGUUUUGUUUUUUUGUUAUUUCGGACAAAUAAGGACCAACUGACUGUAAACAACGUCCUGUCACGAAAGCCGCUUAAAACUCAAACGGCUUAUUCAUUCAUCUGGAGUUAAAUCUGGCAAAGAACAUGUAGGGGGAAAAAGGCCUUUUUGUGGCUGUUAAAAAGUCUCAGUCGUCUGGUUUUCUGCCAACCAAAAACGUGGUAUUUUGUGACCAUUUGAACUUCAAAUUCCUUCUCCGUUAACCCUCGUGUCGUCUUCCCGUCAACCAUGAACACAAACGCUUUUGUUGUCCCUAUUAUUUCAAGGUUUUUUUUGGUUUUUUUUAUUUAUUUUUUGCUUCUUUUCAAUGUUUGGGUCCCCUUUUGUUUUUUGUUUUUUUAUUUGUCGU